AUGGACGUAGAGAUGGCAUCCUGGAAGUCCACAGGCACUUACGUCGACGAUGUUCCCCCUCCUGGGGCGAACAUCGUCGAUGGAAUGUGGAUUUUCAGGGUGAAGCGGCCGCCGGGUUCUUCGCCUGUCUUCAAGGCUCGUUACGUUGCACGAGGCUUCAGUCAACGACAGGGAGUUGACUUCUUCCAUACCUUCUCCCCUACCCCGAAGAUGACCACUCUUCGGGUGCUGCUGCACGUUGCCGCUCAGCGUGACUACGAGCUUCACUCUCUUGACUUCAGCACAGCGUUCUUACAGGGCAGUCUGCACGAGGAGAUCUGGCUGCGCCGCCCACCUGGCUUCACUGAGUCGUUUCCUUUUGAUACCCAGUGGAGCCUCAGGCGGCCAGUCUACGGUCUCCGUCAGGCGCCUCGUGAGUGGCACGACACACUGAGGACGACACUUGCGGCUCUUGGGUUUGCUCCUUCCACUGCUGACCCGUCGCUGUUUCUACGCACCGACCCCUCGUUGCCGCUGUUCUACAUCCUCGUGUACGUCGACGACUUGGUCUUUGCCACUGCUGACACUGAGGCACUCGCUCUUGUGAAGUCGGAGCUGCAGAAGCGACGCAAGUGCACGGACCUGGGUGAGCUGCGCAGUUACCUUGGCUUGCAGAUCACCUGGGACAGAGCACGCUGCACCAUCACACUGACUCAGUCACACAUGGUGCAGCAGGUCCUUCAGCGCUUCGGCUUCACUUGGUCCUCGCCACAGUCCACUCCUCUGGCUACAGGUCACUCGCUCUCAGCUCUGCCUUCGGAUGAGUCCGUAGAGCCGAGUGGCCCGUAUCCAGAGCUUGUGGGCUGCCUCAUGUACCUGAUGACCUGCACUCGACCUGACCUUGCGUACCCUCUUAGCAUCCUAGCUCGCUACGUUGCGCCUGGGAGACACCGGCGAGAGCACUGGGAGGCUGCUAAGAGGGUGUUACGCUACUUGUGCAGUAUAUCGGGCAUGGGGCUCGUGCUUGGAGGACGGGGUGACGUUGUCCUCACUGGACACUCCGACGCUUCUUGGGUCGACGACCUGGCUACGCAGCGGUCGUCGCAGGGGUACACGUUCAGCCUUGGCUCCGGCUCUGUUUCUUGGCGGUCUACACGCUCGUCUUCUGUUCUCAGCUCCAAUUGUGAGGCUGAGAUCUACGCCACAGCCAUGGCUGCUCAGGAGUUACGCUGGCUCACCUACCUGCUAACCGACUUGGGAGAGAGGCCUCGUUCUCCUCCAGUUCUGUACGUAGACAACAAGGCUGCUAUUACCUUGUGUCAGGAGCACAGAGUGGAGCACAGAACGAAGCAUAUCGCUCUGCGUUACUUCCUUGCUCGAGAGUUGCAGCAGCGUGGUCAGCUUCGUGUUUCUUACGUGGCCACCAGGGCCAACACUGCUGAUGUGUUCACCAAGGCACUUCCGCCUUGUGACCAUCAGCGCUUUUGCACAGCUUUAGGCCUGGUGCCAGUGUUUGCUCACUUGCUUACCUCUUGA